AUGGGUCUCUACCGCAUCAAAGUCAAGAGUGCGAUUUCAGAGAAUUACUUUGAUCAGCUUUUAAGUAUGGUUCAUGACAUGCUUCCCAACGGUAAUGUUCUUCCAACAUCAACAUUUGAGAUAAAGAAGUUCUUGAAGAUAUUUGGUUUUGGAUAUGAUGUCAUCCAUGCGUGUAAGAAUGACUGCAUUCUUUACCGGAAAGAGUAUGAGGAUAUGAGUAGCUGCCCAAGAUGUAGGGCUUCAAGAUGGGAGGUUGAUAAGCAUUCUGGUGAGACAAAGAAUGAGAUUCCAGCAAAGAUACUCAGGUAUUUCCCUAUAAAAGAAAGAUUCAAGAGGAUGUUUAGAUCUGAGAUGAUGUCUACGAAUUUGCAAUGGCAUUUCAGUAAGGCUUCUGAAGAUGGAACAAUGAGACACCCGGUUGACUUAUUGACAUGGGCUCAGGUCAAUGCUAGAUGGCCACUUUUCGCAGCUGAACCAAGAAACCUAAGACUUGGUAUAUCUACAGAUGGGAUGAACCCGUUUUCUAUUCAAAAUACCAAGUAUAGCACCUGGCCAGUCUUGUUAGUGAACUACAAUAUGCCUCCCACGAUGUGUAUGAAGUCAGAGAACAUAAUGGUAACCCUUCUGAUACCUGGACAAACUGCACCAAGUAACAACAUCGAUGUUUAUCUUGCUGCUUUGAUUGAUGAUCUGAAUGAUUUGUGGAAUGAAGGUAUCCAGAUAUAUGACGCAUUAUCCAAGGAGAAUUUCACACUUAAGGCUAUACUAUUGUGGACUAUCAACGACUAUCAAGGUUUGGGGACCUUGUCUGGUUGCAAAGUAAAAGGGAAACAAGGAUGUAAUGUAUGUGGGAAGGAUACACCUUGUAGGUGGUUGAAGUUUAGUCGUAAGUACGUCUAUUUGGGAAAUAGGAAACGACUCAGGCCUGGUCAUCCUUACCGACACCGAAGAGUUUGGAUUGACAACACUGUGGAGAAAGGGACUGCUAAUAGAAUUCAAACAAGAGCUGAAAUAUUUGAGCUGCUUAAGGAUUAUAAGAAUGAGUUUGGGAAACCUUUGGAGAAGAAAAGCAAAAGGAAAAGAUCAGGUGUGUGUGAUGUUGAAGAGCUUACCCAUGAAGAAUAUGAAGAAGACUCUAAUCAAUGGAGGUGGAAGAAACGUUCUAUUCUAUUUGAUUUACCUUACUGGAAGGAUAUGCCGGUGCGUCAUAACAUCGACGUAAUGCAUGUGGAAAAGAAUGUCUUUGAUGCCAUUCUUUCCUUUUUGAUGCACAAUGCUAAGUCAAAAGAUGGUGUGAAAGCAAAACAAGAUUUGGAGGACAUAUGGAUUCGAAGUAACUUACACACUCAACUACGUGGAAAGAAAACGUAUUUACCCCCAGCUGCUAAUGAGCUGAGCAAGGAAGAGAAGAAGAGAUUCUGCAAGAGAUUAUCUGAAUUCAGAGGACCAGAUGGCUACUGUGCGAAUAUUCCAAACUGUGUCUCACUUGAUCAUCCUCUGAUUGGUGGUCUGAAGUCUCAUGAUCAUCAUGUUCUUCUGCAUAACUUGUUACCAGCUGCAUUGAGAGGGUUGUUGCCAAAAGGACCUAGGACUGCAGUUAGUAGAUUAUGCAACUUCUUCAGUAGACUAUGUCAGCGUGUAGUUGACCAGAGAAGCUAA